AGCAAAUGGAUGUAAGGGUUGGAAGACAUGAUUAAGGUGAAAACUAGGGAGUGCCAAAUACGGGUGUUCAUUAAUAACCACACCUCUUUAUUUAACACUGACAUAAAAGCUACAGUAUGUGCCUCUUAAAAUUUCAGUUAUACGCAUUCUUUCACACAGUAUUCCAUACUGUUCUACCCUUCUGUUUAAAACUUUUCAUUGUAUUAAUUAUUCCUAUGAUUAAGUGAAAACGAAUUAAAAAUUUUUUAUGUUAAUACAGAUUAUAUUACAUUUUUUAAAAUAUUAAUUGACUAUGAAGGAAUUGGAUGAACCAACUAUUGCAUCAAUUUUAUCUUCAUCCUUUCCACCAUGUUCACCUCAUGAAAUAGCAGUACGACCUGGAGACUGUGUUGAAGGAAGAGUUGAAAAAUGGUUGGAAGAUGAAGCAUUUUCAGGAUUUCGAGUUUGGCAACUUGCUGGCAUAAUACUUUCUAUUUUACUUAGUGUAUUGAUUGGACUUUGUUGUUGUAUCCGAUUUAGAGUGCCACGAACUAAACAAGAAAUAGAAGCUGAUUAUAUUCGAAAAAAAAUAACAGAGAGUUUCAGACAAGAAUUAUUUAAAAUCAGUAAUAUGGAAAUGGAUGAUAUGGACUUGAAGAAAGUUAGUUUAAAUACACAUAUUUGUUCUUUAUUAGCAUUAAGCAAAAUUCAAAAUAAAUUUGAUAUGGAAGUACAAGAGGUACAAAAGGAUCAUCAAGAAGCAACAUAUAAGAAUAUACAACAUGGAUUACGAUCAAGAUUCAAUGCAAUGUUCAGUGGAAUUCAUUUUACUAAACAAGAACAUCCUAAUGUUGACAGCAUAAUUUAAUGAAUUUACAAAUAAAUGCGUCAUUAUAGAACAUUGAUAUUAAAUACUAUAUCUACAA